UCACUGCGCUUAUGUUGCGCUGCAUUAACGCUUCUGAUCGAUCAGUAUCGGUGGUCAAUAAGCAGCAUGGCGGAACCGACUGUCCGUAUGUCUGGGAUCGUGUUAGCUUCUCUCAUGUUCCAGCAUGUUAACAGUGAUUCAGACGUGGAAGGUCUCCUCCUCGGGGAGAGCCGGUUCGAGGAGCAGGUCACCAUCAGUGACUCUCAGGCCGAUAACAUCCACAUUGAGGAAAUCUACAAUAUCCAGAAGCACAUCGCCUGCCACAAACUGAACCAAUUCUACAACAGUGUCGGAGACGUGAACGUGGACGCUGUCAAUAAAAUCCUGGCCGACAAUAAGCAGGAGAGCGUGAUCGGCUGGUACCGCCAGCGCAGGAACACGGAGCAGCAGAUGACCUUCAGAGAAAAGAUGGUCCACGAGAAGCUGAAGAGUUCGCUGUCCAACCCUCACAUGAUCUUCGUGCUGCUGACGCCCAGCAAGCUAACGGCGCCAGGUUCGACCCACAGGAUGGAGUACGCCGCCUUCACCUCACGCAGCAGGCAGUUCAUGAAUGUUCCUGUGUUGGUCAACAAUCUGGGUUUACUGGAGCAGCUGGCGUACUGGAAGGUGUCCGCUGCGUGCUCUGCAGCCGGUUACAACCUCACCAUGAAGAAACACGGCUCCAGAUUCUUCUCUUCCAACGGGCUGCUGAGAGAAGUCAACGAAGUGAAUAAAAUGAACGACUCUCUGCAGGCGGAGCUGCAGAAAGCGUGCGGGGAUGUGGAGGAGAGUGAACGUCUGGUGGAAACACUACAGGCAGAGGUUUCAGCUCUCAGGAGGAGACUGAGUGAGAAGAAGCAGCGUGGAGCAGGAAAAGCCUCCGACGGAGCUCCACCGGAGCAGAGGACCAACCUGCGUCUCCACGAGGCCGUCAGAGCUCUGUUCGCCUGCUCUCCUCUCUUCCACACUCAGACUUUAACACUCGAGGCUUUUCCAGUUCCCGGCGUCCACCGGGGCGCCGAGGAGGACGUCUCCAUGGCGACGCCGGUCCACUCAGACGCCACAGACAGUCAGGAAACGCUCUCGCUGCUGCAUCCCAGCAGGACGAACUCUCGGAAGAGGCUGAAGGAAGUGCCGCCGGUGAGGGAGAGCAAACGCAGGAAGAGCAGCUCCUGAUUCACAUGAACCGGGUUUAAUGUCCCAGUUCUGACCCGGAAACAUGUAAAGUUAUUGGAUAUAUUUUGAUGUUUAAAAGUGUUCCUGUGUUCUGAUAAAGAUGAUCUUUUUGUUAAA